AACACCAAAGUUCCACCUUCAAUCGCAACAAAUCAACGAUGCCAAAAAUCAAGAAGAAGGGAGUCUCUGGCAAUGCCAAAAACUUCAUAACACGGACGCAAGCCGUUCGAAAGCUGCAGGUUUCGCUACCGGAUUUUCGGAGGCUGUGUAUUUUUAAAGGAAUUUAUCCCCGUGAACCUAGGAAUAAGAAGAAGGCGAAUAAAGGGUCUACACAGUCUACCACUUUUUAUUACACCAAAGACAUCCAAUACCUCCUCCACGAACCCGUCCUGCAAAAAUUCCGCGACCACAAAGCCUUCGCAAAAAAACUCCAAAAGGCCCUCGGCCGUGGUGACUUCUCAGAUGCAAAACGUCUGGAAACCACCCAGAAGCCAGUAGUCCGACUAGACCACAUCGUGAAGGAGCGCUACCCAACCUUCACCGACGCCCUGCGCGACCUGGACGACGCCCUCUCCAUGAUCCACCUCUUCGCCAGCCUACCCACAAAUGAAAACUUGCCUCCCGCAACCGUGGUCAAUUGCGCCAGACUCACGAAGGAGUGGGCACACUACGUCAUCCGUGCGGGCGCGCUACGGAAGAGCUUUUUGAGCAUCAAGGGGAUUUAUUACCAGGCUGAGGUCGGGGGCGGUCAGGAGGUACUUUGGUUGGUCCCGUACAGCUUCGCCCAGGAUGUUCCGAUUGACGUGGACUUUCGGAUUAUGCAUACCUUUGUGGAGUUUUAUACCACACUUGUUGGGUUCGCGCUUUUUAGGCUAUAUGCUAUCGAGGGGCUCGUCUACCCGCCCAGGUUUGAUAAGGAUAUGGAUGAGAAUGCGGAGGCUGGGGAGAGGAAGGAUGUAGAAGACCUAACAAUAGAUACCUUUACCCCUGCCGCCGCCUCCGACCAGCUCCCGCAACCUACUCCAUCACAAACAACCUCCACCUCAACGGCUCUCUUCUCAGGUACCACUUUCUACCUCUCCCGUGAAACCCCCCGCGAACCGCUAGAAUUCCUCCUGAGAUCCUUCGGCUGCAAGCGCAUCGGCUGGGAUGCUGUACUAGGCGCAGGCGCAUACACCGAGAAUUCUAGUGACACAAGCAUAACCCAUCAAAUCGUUGACCGGCCCUCCACCUUCCCUUCUCCUCCCCCUCCUUCUGCCGCAGGCGGCGACAACGCCCCUAGCACAAAUGCUGCUGCCACAGGGAGAAUUCCGGGAAGGAUAUACAUCCAGCCACAAUACGUCUGGGACUGCAUUAACUCCGGGAGACUACUUCCGCCGGGGGAGUACGCCCCUGGGGCACUUCUACCACCACACCUGAGCCCGUGGGUUAAACCUGGUGAGGGAUACGACCCCACCGCUGCACUCCCAGAUGUUGAGCACAACGAAGAAGUAGAAGGCUCAGACAAUGGUAUGCAAGAAGACCUAGCCUCUGACUCUGAGCCCGAGCCCGAACCUGUCCUUCCCCUUCCCACCACCGUCACCCCCAUCGAAGGCGAAUCCUCGGAAGAGGAGGAGGAGGAGGAGAGCGAGAAGAACUACCAACGUGAGCUCGCCACCGAAGCUGCCGGUGCUGGACUCCCCGCCCCUUCUGAACAGGACAUGAAGAAGCAAAAGAAGAAGAAUAAGGAAAAAAUGAGCAGACAACAACGAGAGGAAGAAGAUCAAAAGGAAAUGAAGAAAAUCAUGAUGAGUCGGAGGAAGAGAAAGCUGUAUGAGAAGAUGCUUUAUUCAAAUGCAAAGAAGGAAAGCGAGGUUGAGGGGUUGAAGAGGAAGAGGAGGAGGUUGGAAGGGGAGAGAAGUAAAGGGAAGAAGGGUGGGAAGGGUAGCGAGGAAAUGUAG